AUGACCACCUAUUCGGACGAAGAGGAGUUCUGGAGACAGACGGAGACUUGCCAUCCGGACCUAAUUCCCGCAGACGACCGCAACUGCCCGAUCUGCGGCGAGGCGUAUGAGGACCCUGACAACGAUCCAGACGUGAUGGCCGUGGGCUUGCAGUGCAGUCAUUUCGUUUGCCUCAAUUGCCUGGAUCAUUGGCUGCACACUACGAUCAGAGGCCAGGUUCGAAAUACCUGCCCAGUUUGCAGGCAUGUGCUGUAUCGGGUAAGACAGGUAACGCCGGAUUACACUUCUGAUUAUGCCGAUGAUGAUGGCAGUGCUGACGAAGGCGAGGACAGCGACUCCGAGAACAGUAGCGAGAACGACGAUGAGAUGCCCGACGUCGAUUUGGACCCGGACAAUGACGAGGAUGGGACCGAGCAUCCGAGUGUGGACAUGGCGCUACUCCGCGAGGAGCACCGCUGGCUCGCUCGACACAUGCGUGACGAGUGCAUCGAACACCUCGUCUAUCUCAAUAGCACCCGCUACUGGAACGGCGACCACCGGCUUGUAACUAUUGACGGCCUCAGACAGCUUCCCGUCUGGUCUCUCGAGCCGAACGUCAUCCGCAGUGAGGCGAGGGAAACGCUGCGGCGGGACGCGAUUCGCAUCGUCUCCCUAGAAGUCUGCUGGACGAUCCACAGGCUUCACAACUAUGAGACCACCGCCCGGCGCAUGUACCAGCAGCUGGUGCACCUUGUCCGCUGCAACGCGGUCGUCACGAUGUACGGCCUUGCCGAGAACGAGGACGAAUCUCAGUGGCAGGUAAACGAUCUCUCCCAGUUGACGCGGGAGGCUAGGCGGUGGAUUCGCAACAUCGUGUACACUCAGAUGAAUCCGGACGCGCAGUACAGGUCGGAUCCGAGCUUGGAAUUUCCGUAUUCCGCAAGGUAA